CAGACACGGUUUCACCAUAUAAGUGGAAUCCUUCUCAUUCUUCCCCACAUUUCUUCAUUCCAAAUUCAACUCACUUUGCAUUCCAUUCCAUUCCAAUGGGUACAGAAAACUACAACCGCCAUGACCAUUCCCACUCCGACACAGAAGCUGCUGUCGGAGUGGACAGGAACGCGUUCAGCGGGCCACUCACAGUAAGCGGCCCGCUGAACAAAAGAACUGGGCGUAAGAGCGCCCAGUUCUACAUCCCAGACGGUGCUCCUGGGAGCAGUAGUAGCAGCAUGCGAUCCAAUGGUAACGACGAUUACGUCGAAAUCACGUUGGAUGUCCGUGACGACUCCGUGGCGGUUCAUAGUGUCAAAACCGCGGGUGGAGCUGACGUGGAGGACCCGGAGUUGACGUUGUUGGCUAAAGGGUUGGAGAAGCGGUCGUCUUUCGGGUCGUCCGUGGUGAGAAAUGCGUCCGCCAGGAUUCGGCAAGUGUCCGAAGAGUUGAAGCGGUUGACGUCCUUUUCGAAACGACCGGUUGGUCGUUUAGACAGGACGAAAUCCGCCGCCGCUCAUGCGCUUAGAGGGUUAAAGUUUAUCAGUAAGAACGACGGCGGAGCUGCGUGGGCCGCCUUAGAGAAAAGGUUUGACGAACUCACCAGAGACACCGGUGGCUUACUUCCACGGUCAAUUUUCGGUGAAUGCAUUGGGAUGAACAAAGAUUCAAAAGAUUUCGCCGGAGAAUUAUUCGAUGCACUUUCCCGGCGACGGAAUAUCACCGGAGAUGCAAUCAACAAAGCACAGUUGAAGGAGUUUUGGGACCAAAUUUCUGAUCAAAGUUUUGAUUCAAGGCUACAAACUUUCUUUGAUAUGGUUGAUAAAGAUGCUGAUGGCAGGAUCACAGAAGAUGAAGUAAGAGAGAUUAUCAGCCUAAGUGCUUCAGCCAACAAGUUAUCAAAUAUUCAGAAACAAGCGGACGAAUACGCAGCAUUGAUCAUGGAAGAAUUAGACCCUGACAACCGCGGCUACAUCAUGAUUGAACACUUGGAGAUGUUAUUAUUACAAGCACCAACACAAAGUGUGAGGGGAGAAAGCCGAAACUUGAGCCAAAUGUUGAGUCAAAAGCUGAAGACGACGCACCAUGGGAACCCGAUACGAAGAUGGUAUGAAGAUUUGAAGUACUUUUUACAGGAUAACUGGCAGAGAUGUUGGGUGAUUGUACUCUGGAUAGGAAUAAUGGCGGGUUUGUUUACAUGGAAGUACAUUCAAUACAAAAACCGAGCCGUGUAUAAAGUAUUGGGCCCGUGUGUGUGCAUAGCUAAAGGAGCAGCCGAGACUUUAAAGUUAAACAUGGCGCUUAUUUUAUUACCUGUUUGUCGAAACACGAUUACUUGGUUGAGGAACAAGACUAGGUUGGGUGUGGCGGUUCCGUUUGAUGACAACCUUAAUUUCCAUAAGGUGAUUGCAAUGGCAAUUACGAUUGGAGUAGGGUUACACGCGAUUUCCCAUUUAACAUGUGACUUUCCUCGAUUAAUACACGCGACAGAAGAACAGUAUGAACCGAUGCAACAGUUUUUUGGGGAUCAAGCUCAUAACUAUUGGCAUUUUGUGAAGGAAGCCGAAGGGUAUACAGGAAUAACAAUGGUAGUACUUAUGACUAUAGCUUUUACUCUAGCAACUCCAUGGUUAAGGCGAGGCAAGCUCAACCUACCGCCAUUUUUGAAGAAGUUAACAGGAUUUAACGCCUUUUGGUAUUCGCACCACCUUUUUGUUAUCGUCUAUGUGAUGCUUAUAGUUCAUGGGAUCAAACUUUACCUCACCAAGGAAUGGUACAAGAAAACGACAUGGAUGUACUUGGCGGUUCCAAUUACGCUUUAUGCAUGUGAGAGAUUAAUAAGGGCGUUUCGUUCGAGUGUCAAGCCCGUCAAGAUACUUAAGGUGGCUGUUUAUCCUGGAAAUGUAUUGGCACUUCAUAUGUCAAAGCCUCAAGGCUUCAAAUACAAGAGUGGACAAUACAUGUUUGUAAAUUGUGCUGCUGUCUCUCCAUUUGAAUGGCACCCGUUUUCCAUCACUUCUGCCCCCGGUGAUGACUACUUGAGUGUGCAUAUCAGGACUCUUGGUGAUUGGACUAGGCAACUAAAAACCGUCUUUUCAGAGGUAUGUCAGCCACCGCGUAAUGGAAAAAGUGGGCUCCUUAGAGCUGAAAACCAAGAAGAAAAUCCCAAUUUCCCUAAAGUUUUAAUCGACGGGCCAUAUGGUGCACCAGCGCAAGACUACAAAAAAUACGACGUGGUGUUGCUAGUCGGUUUAGGAAUUGGAGCGACCCCAAUGAUUAGUAUUGUGAAAGACAUUGUGAAUAACAUGAAAGCCAAAGAAGAAGAAGAAAACGCAUUAGAACAUGGUGGUACACCAAAGAAUAAAUCGGCCCCAACGAGUGCAAAUAACUUCAGAACAACCCGGGCUUAUUUCUAUUGGGUCACUCGGGAACAAGGUUCGUUUGAUUGGUUUAAAGGUGUUAUGAAUGAGGUUGCUGAAAUGGACAAAAACGGUGUUAUAGAGAUGCAUAAUUAUUGCACAAGUGUUUAUGAGGAAGGUGACGCGAGAUCUGCGUUAAUUACUAUGCUUCAGUCGAUUAAUCACGCUAAAAACGGUGUUGAUGUUGUUUCGGGUACACGUGUUAAGUCUCAUUUUGCUAAACCGAAUUGGCGGAAUGUUUACAAGCGAAUUGCUCUUAAUCACUCCGGUUCGAGAAUAGGGGUUUUCUAUUGUGGGGCACCAGCACCAACAAAAGAACUGAAACAAUUAGCUUUAGAUUUCUCACACAAGACAUCAACCAAGUUUGACUUCCACAAAGAAAAUUUCUAAGAGGUUUUCAAAGCCCUCAAGAAAUCAUAAAAAGUCAAACUUUCUAGAAUCACACACCCACCACACCCACACCCACCCCACCCCACCCUCUCUCAUGUGUACAGAGAUAUGAAGAUCAAGGCUACAAUAAUGUUUUUUUUUUUUAAUUUUAUUUUUGUGUUACAUUUUUUAUUUUUUAAUAUAGUAAUGAGAAUUGUGUAGAGAUAGUGCAAGGAUAGUGACAUCCAUAAUUGUUGUGGCUGCCAGCAAGGUAGUGGGAUAUAAUAUUAUUUAAUUAUGUUCAAGAAAAAGAAACCAUCAUCAAGAUCAA